UCAUCUGGGAGAACUUAGUGCUCUCUGACACACACUCGCUCUGCACCCCGGGAACGAGCAGCUUUCCCUUCAUCCAUUCAUCUCCUCUCAGCUUUUCCUCUUCUUCUUGUCUUACUUUCUCCUCUUUCUUUCUCUCGUGUGGCGCCUCCACAUUUUGCAGCCAUCUGUCCCUGACAAAAAGAUAAGGAUUACUCAUUUUCUCCCUUGCCGUUGUGUUUUUUUCUCUCUCUCUUGUUUCUUUACAGUUCUUCCCUUCGUUUGGCAGGUGGACUGUGAGCUGAGCUGAACUUUGCAGCUCCCAAACUUCUCAGCGAGACGAAGGACAAAGACAGCAGGACUGAGAGGAGGCAGAGCAGCGAGGAACUCUUUUCUCUCUCCACCCUGGACUGAAUUUUCACUGACUUUGGCUCUAAAUUUGACUUUUUGGACUCUCUACCCCGCGGCAUCUUUAAAUCAGCCCUUCGGGUGUUUGUCGGCACCAUGUCCGUGGUACCUUUGCUCGGCUGGGCCCUCCUGGUCCUGGUUCAGAUCCACAGCUCUGGAUCCUCCUCGGACCUGCCGUCCAGGCAUCAGCCCCUCUCCCUGAUGGUGCAGUCGCCGGCGGACACCUCCAGCGCUCACUGCCCGUCCUGCGCCCUGGCCCGGAUGAGGAGGAACGACGGGGUGACGGCGGCGGACGGCGACCCGCUGGCGCUGGAGGAGGAGACGGCGGCCCAGCAGGACGUGGUGGAGGCGGUGAAGAGGCACAUCCUCAACAUGCUCCACCUGCAGGCCCGGCCCAACAUCACCCGGCCGGUGCCGCGCGCCGCGCUCCUCAACGCCCUGCGCAAGCUGCACGUGGGGCGAGUGGCCGAGGACGGCAGCGUGCAGAUCGAGGGACAGGAGGAGGAGGUGCGAGGGAGGGGAGGCCAGGGAGGAGGAAAGGGGGGAGGAGCGGCGGCAGGAGACGACGCACCGGAGACCACGGAGAUCAUCACCUUCGCUGAGGCUGGUGACUCCCAGGGCGUGGUGAACUUCGUCCUCUCUAAAGAAGGAGGAGACAUGUCCCUGGUGGAACAGGCCAACGUCUGGCUCUUCCUCCGCCUGGCCAAGACCAACCGCAGCCGCGCCAAGGUCACCAUCCGCCUCUUCCAGCAGCGCCUCCUCCCCAACGAACGGCCCGCGGCGCCGCAGGACGACGUCCUCCUGGCGGAGAAGACCGUGGACACCCGGCGCAGCGGCUGGCACACCUUCCCCGUGUCUCCGGCGGUGCAGGCGCUGCUGGAGAGCGAGCGGAGCACCACGCUGCGCCUGCGGGUGUCCUGCCCGCUCUGCGCCGACGCCGGCGCCACGCUGGUGCUGGUGUCGGGCGGCUCCGAGGCGGCGCAGCGCGGCGGCCAGAGGGAGCAGUCCCACCGGCCCUUCCUCAUGGCCGUGGUGCGGCAGGGCGACGCCGCCGACUCCCGGCGGCGCAGGAAGCGCGGGCUGGAGUGCGACGGCAAGGUGAGAGUCUGCUGCAAGAGGCAGUUCUACGUCAACUUCAAGGACAUCGGCUGGAGCGACUGGAUCAUCGCGCCGUCGGGCUACCACGCCAACUACUGCGAGGGCGAGUGCCCCUCCCACGUGGCGAGCAUCGCCGGCUCCACGCUGUCCUUCCACUCCACCGUCAUCAGCCACUACCGCAUGCUGGGCCACAGCCCCUUCAAGAACCUGAAGUCGUGCUGCGUGCCCACCCGGCUACGGGCCAUGUCCAUGCUCUACUACGACGAGGACCAGAAGAUCAUCAAGAAGGACAUCCAGAACAUGAUCGUGGAGGAGUGCGGCUGCUCGUAGGGACCCCGACGGCACGCCGCCACCUGGACUGGGGAGGACCGAGGAGGAGGAGCCCUGGGGGGAGGAGCCAGAGGCGGUCCUUCUCCGUCCUCCAGGUCGCUCUCUGGGAGAGAAACUCGUCUCCAGACUCGCUGAGUCAAACUCAGGCUGAGUCUCGAUGGCACUUUCUGAAAAACCAGAAAAAAAGACUCAAAAAAAAAAAGAAUAUCUAAUAUAUUUUUGUUACAAACGGAGGGAGCGAGGCUUAUUUAUGUGGCGUUCAGGCACCGCGACCCCAGUGGGACUUCAGAGAGACGAGGUGCCUGAAGAACUGCAGACAAAAAGAUCUCAAACUAUGCAACUUGUUUCCUGUAUUACAUCUGCCUGUACUUUCCUCUGUUUGCUCUGUUUACUGCCGACAAGAUGGAGGAGCGACGAGACACUUUGAUCAUGUUAGAGCGUGUGUGUGUGUGUGUGUGUGUGUGUGUGUGUGUGUGUGUGCGCGUGUGUGUGUGUGCGUGUGUGUGUGUGUG